AUGAUAUUUGAUACUCUUCAAGAUGGUAUUGCCUUUUAUUACAAAUAUGCUAAUGAGUGUGGAUUUAAAGUCCGUUCUAGUACUACUAAAUCACAAAAGAAUAAGGAUGAUCCUACUGGUAAAGGAGUUACUUUAAUAAAAUAUUUAUUAUGUAGCAAAGAAGGGUAUGUGACAAAUAACAAGAAAUCUGGUAAACAAGUUGAAGGUGCUUGUUUAAAGAGAAAGACUGUGAAGAGAGUUGGUUGUCCUGCUAAGAUAAAAUUUAGGUUUUGUAAUGAUGGGAAGUAUAUGGUGUAUUGUUUAUAUGAAUCUCAUUCUCAUCCUUUUUCUACACCUAUUACUAGGCAGGUUACUAAACAUGAAGUUGGUUUAAAUUUUGCUCAUAAGAAGUUCAUUUUUGAUAAUUCAAAGUUAAAUAUAGGGGCUGUUAUGUCUGAUAGGAUCAUGAAAGAACUUUGUGGUGGGUUUCAAAAUAACCUUGAACAAAAAGUGAAAACCAGUAAAGGGGGUUAUUAUUUUGAUUACUGUGUUGAUGAAAGUAGGCAUUUGACCCGUGUCUUUUGGGCUGAUGCUAUUGGUAGAAGAGAUUAUCAAUUAUUUUGGGACUCUUUAUCUUUUGAUUCCACCUAUGAUACAAAUAAAUAUUCAUUGGUUUUUUGUCCUUUUACUGGUGUUGAUAAUCACAAGAGAUGUGUAAAAUUUUGUGCUGCUCUAUUAUCUAAAGGAGACAUAGAUUCCUUUGUGUGGCUAUUUCAAACUUUUUUGAAGUUUAUGGGAAGAGAACCUUCUUGUAUUAUCACUGAUCAAGAUCCUGCAAUGGGUAUUGCCAUAGAAAAGGUUUUUACCAAGACUAAACAUAGGCUGUGUAUGUGGCACAUAAUGAGGAAGGUACCUGAAAAGGUUGGAACUGAUUUUUGUAAAGAAACUGAUUUCCUGAAAAAGCUAAGUGCAGUAGUUUGGGAUAGAGAGAUUGAUCCUCAUGUAUUUGUUGAUGGCUGGAAUAGUGUUAUGGAGGAGUUUAACCUUGUUGAUCAUGAGUGGUUUGCAUACAUGUUCAAGAUUAAACAUCUUUGGAUUCCUGCAUAUUUUAGGGACUUAUUUAUGGGUGGAAUACUGUGUUCUACAUCUAGGUCUGAAGGUGAAAAUAGUUUCUUUUGUAACUUUACAAACCCUCAUGUGACCUGUGUUGAAUUCUUUGUCCGUUAUGAAACUGCGCUUGAUGCUCAAAGGCAUGAACAGGAUGAGUUUUCUUUGUAUGGAGACAGUGUGGAGUUUUCUGUUAUUGUUGAUCAUGAGAAAAGGAAAAAAUUUGAUGUUAAUUUUGAUUUGGCAACAUAUGAGUCAAGUUGUACUUGUAGAAUAUUUGAGAGUCAAGGUGUUUUAUGUAGACACAUUUUGUUUGUUAUGAAAGGCAAGUGUGUACGUCGAAUUCCUGAUGCUUACAUCUUGAAUCGUUGGAGAAAAGAUGUUUUGAAGAAAGCUUAUGUCAUAGAUGUUGCUCUAGAUGAUGCUUCUAAGUAUGAUAAGAAGAAGCAAUUGAUGAUAUCAAAGAAUAAUCCUGAAAAUGCACCUAGUUCAAUAGAGGUGAAAGAUGCUGAUAUUCAGGUUUUGGUUGGGUCAAAUAAAGUAGAUGUAAAUGUCUUGCCUCCAAAUCAGUGUCUUAAUAAAGGUUCUGCCAGAAGUUCAAAGAGGUUGAAGAGUGCAAAAAAAAUAGCUACUGAAGAAAAAUCUAAAAAAGGCAGAACUUGUAGAGCUUGUGGGCAAUCUGGUGUUUCUCAUGACAGUAGAAACUGUCCAAACAAGUAG